CUGGGGGUCCGCGCUGCUCCCUGGGGCCGUUUGGAGGCGCGCUUACGGGGGCGCUGUGACUCGGCGGCUCUCUAUCACAACAGCGAUAAGGCAUCUCUAUGGUUCCCCCAUUUCCGCCCAUUGUCCGCAGCGGGCGCUGCGGAAAGCGGCCGUUUCCUCCCCGAGCCGGAAGUGCCGAAAGGGGGAGGUGGGGUUGCGGCGGUUUCCGAUUGGCUGCCGCGGUGGGCGUGGGCGGCGCUCACGUGAUGCUGCCGCGCAGCUGAUUGGCGGAGAGCUGUGCUCACGUGGCCGCCAGGCGCGGGAGCGUCACGUGCUUCCGGCUCGCUCCCCCGUGGCGCCCCACGUGCUUCACACCCACGUGGCCGCGGGGCGGGCGGGGGUCUUUGUGAUGAAUUUUGGGUUGAAUUCAGGCGGAUUUGGGUUCUGCCGCCCCGCAGGCAGCGCCGGGCCGUUCUUCCAAUGGUCGAGGGCGGUGAGGAUCCGAACCAACCUGGACCUGCUGCUGGAUUGGCUGCAGGCCGUGGGGCUGGGGGACAUCGCCGCCGAGUUCUUCCGCAAACUCUCGGCCACCGCCAACCUGCUGUGCACCCCGCGCAGCAGCCUCAGCAAGGCCACGUGGGCGCGGCUGAGGGCUGAGUACCCGGCGCUGAGCCCGGCGCAGCUGCACCACGUGCUGCGGCACUACCAGCUGGGCCCGGGGCAGGGCUACCCCGAGGGGUGGAGCCCCCCGCCCGAAGAACGCGACGCCGUGGCUUCCGGCGAUAUCUUCGAGAGCUUUUCGGACCACCCCCCCCUCCUGCUGCCCACCGACGGCUUCCAGCUGCGCCUUGGGGAGGCGGUGACGGACUCCGGCCUGCAGGCGGCGCUGUUCCGAAUCCGCAGGAUGCUGUGGGAACGCGAGGAGGGGGCGCUGCCCGCCAACCUCAGCGCCAUGGGGCGGGACGGGGGGGUCUGAGGGGGGG